AUGUCUCCCAAGCAGUCAGACUCUUACUACCUGCUCCCCAACCUACAAGCCAUGGACCCUUCAGCCGACGAGCUUGACCUCAACGCCCAGGCGUGGAUCCAGCCCAUCAUCAUCGAGGAUGAAGACCUCAUGUUUGGCGGAAAGCCGCUGAGCGCCUGGUACGAGGAGGACCGCUCGCGCCUGAGCAGCACCAGCAGCAACAGCAGCGACGAUGGCAACCAGAGCCCCGAGGAGGAGGAGGAGCGUCGAGGACGAGAGCGCACGAGGAGGCACCACCACGACAGCAAGGCGCUGAAGAAGCCGCACCGAAAGUGA